UCGUUCGUCCCAACACGGAAAUGAGGAUUACGGAGCGUCGCGGGGAUGAGUUUAAAGUGUUCUAAAACAUCAACAUGUCCGCCUCUUGGGCCUGCAGACGGUCAGUUUGAGUGGACACCGACGUAUGGACAACAAGGAAUGGAGGAGGGACUCCACCUUUGAGUUGUGGUCGAGUUGAAAGCUGCCGUCGUCAUGUUGCUGCUGCUGCUGAGUCUUCUCCUGGCGUGGAACAACCUGCAACUCUCACAGGUUGCAGGGGUCAAGGCCGUCACCCUCCCAGAAUCCCUUCUGUUUGUUUCCACACUGGAUGGAAGUCUGCACGCUGUCUCCAAACAGACCGGAGACAUCAAAUGGACUCUCAGAGAAGACCCCAUUAUUCAAGUGCCUCUCUACCUAACUGAACCAGGUUUUCUCCCAGACCCCAACGAUGGCAGCUUAUACAUUCUCGGUGGGAAGCACAAAGAAGGUCUAAUGAAACUUCCAUUCACCAUCCCAGAGCUCGUUCAGUCAGCUCCGUGCAGGAGUUCUGAUGGUGUCCUCUAUACAGGGAAAAAGCAAGAUGUGUGGUUUGUGGUGGAUCCUGAGACCGGUGAGAAGCAAACCAGCCUAACCACAUCUUCGUCCGAUUCCAUAUGUCCCAACACUCCCCUUCUCUACAUUGGACGUACAGAGUAUGUAGUUACAAUGUUCGAUACCAAGACACAGGAGCUGCGAUGGAACGCCACAUACAAUGACUACUCGGCUCCGCCCUAUGAUGAGAAACAAGACUAUAAGAUGGCUCACCUUUUGUCCAGUGGGGAUGGCCUUGUGGUUACAGUCGACAGAGAGUCAGGCGACGUUCUGUGGAGUCAGGACUACGGCUCCCCUGUCGUGGGGGUCUAUCUUUACCUGGGCGACUCGCUGAGACACGCCCCCCACCUGUCACUUGCCACGGAAACGCUGCGCUUCCUCACCUUCUCUUCGGCCGGCGACCAGACGGACGCCCACUCCACUCUUAAGUGGAGCUAUCAGUUUGUGAAAGAGCAAGCCAGCGCACACACACAACUUGUGCCGACCCUCUAUGUUGGAAAAGUGCACUCCCAUCUUUAUGCCUCCACUUCCCUUGUUCACCAUGGAUUCUCCUUAGUGCCUCGGGGACUGACUCUCGGCCGGAUCGAUGGCCCGGAGACGGUUGGUGUGACGGUCAGUGAGCGGGGAGAGUGUGAGAUCACACCGUCCACUGAUGUGCGCUAUCCCCCUGGGAGCAUAUACAGCCAGAAAAACCACUGGUUGUUAAUAGGCCACCACGAGCUCCCACCGGUAGCCCACACCACCAUGCUGAGGGAUUUCCCAGCCAGUCUACAGCACUCAGGCGAAGCCGUCAUCCCUCCUCGGUCUCCUUCCUCCCACCAAUCCAACUAUGGCCAGCAUCACUUCGGGCCAGUCGGCCGCAGCGAUAGCAAAGCUGACAGAGGAGGUGAGGACAGGAGGACCUCGGCAACAUCCAAGAAACCGGCCGCUGUGCUUCCCAUCUAUAUGAGGCAGGACCGCCUGACUCUGGCUGUCAUGACCCUGCUGCUCGGAGGAUGGCUGGCUUUUGUUCUCACGUAUCCUGUGCGGGCAGCCAAGCAAAUGAAGGCUAAGCAGCAGCAAGAGGAGCCGUUUGAAUCUCGGGCUCAGUACACCCAGACUGUAACGCUCGUUUCCUCCAGCUCGACACUUUCCACUGGAACAAACCUCUCAAGUGACUCCCAGCAUGCACCAGCAGACACUCCAUUGAGUCCCGUCCUUGGCAGCAGUAGCACCCCAAGUGGGGCAGAGCAUCAAACCACAGAAGCAGAAAACAGCCAGCAAGUGCGUGUGGGUAAAAUCUCUCUCUCUACUUCCGAAGUCCUCGGACACGGCAGCUCUGGAACGUUUGUCUUCAGGGGCGACUUUGACGGACGCCGCGUAGCGGUGAAGCGAAUCCUCCCCGAAUGUUUCGAGGUGGCAGAGCGUGAAGUUCAGCUCCUGCGAGAGUCUGACACGCACCCAAACGUCAUCAGAUACUUCUGCACCGAAAGAGACCGUCUCUUUACGUACAUCGCCAUCGAGCUGUGCACCGCCACCUUGCAGCAGUGUGUGGAGGAUCCAUCUUGCUUUCCAGACCUGAAUCCUAUUAUGUUGUUGGAGCAAACCAUGUGUGGCCUCCUGCACCUCCACUCGCUUAAUAUAGUCCACAGGGACCUGAAGCCUAGAAACAUCCUGCUUUCUUUUCCUGGUUCACUGGGUCAGGUCCGCGCUCUCAUUUCCGACUUUGGCCUCUGCAAAAAGAUCCCCGAGGGUCGAAACAGCUUCUCGUUGCGCUCAGGGAUACCAGGCACCGAAGGCUGGAUCGCGCCCGAGCUGUUGAAAAAUAAUUGUGACAGCAAACCGACUGCAGCCGUGGACGUCUUCUCAGCAGGCUGUGUCUUCUACUACGUGGUCAGCAGAGGGCAGCACCCUUUCGGAGACGCAUUGAUGCGGCAAUUUAACAUCCUGUCGGGAGAAUAUUCACUCUCAUAUUUCAUUGAGAGUACACACGAUGACGUCAUCGCUGUGGACCUGAUUGAGCAGAUGAUCAGUGCGGAGGCGGAGGCGCGGCCUUCCACCGCCUACGUGCUCAAGCAUCCUUUCUUCUGGAGCCCUGAGAAGCAGCUGCUUUUCUUCCAAGACGUCAGCGACCGCAUCGAGAAGGAAGCGGCUGACGGAGACAUUGUGCUCAAGCUGGAGAGUGGAGGGCGAGCGGUGGUCCGAACCAACUGGAGGAUGCACAUCUCUGUGCCACUUCUUGCAGACCUGAGGCGCUUCCGCACCUACAAAGGCAACUCUGUGCGAGACCUGCUGAGAGCCAUGAGGAACAAGAAGCAUCACUACCACGAGCUGCCGGCCGACGUGCAGCAGACCCUCGGCGAGCUGCCCGAAGGCUUCGUGGGCUACUUCACCUCCCGCUUCCCCAGGUUACUGAUGCACACACACACCGCCAUGCACGUGUGCGCCCACGAGAGACUCUUCCAGCCUUACUACCUAAUGCCUCACUCCUCCUCCUCCUCCUCCUCCUUGUCAAGCCCUCCUCUUCAUUUCAAGCCACUAGUUACUGUCAUGCACUCAUCUAAGGGGCUUGCACACUACUUUGGCCAAUCAAAAUGCGGGAGGAAAGAGUAUUUUAAAGGUCCCACAAUAUUGCUUUGUUUUCUACAUUUAAGGUAGCGACACUGAAGUAGAACGUGCAAUUAAAUGCUAAUAAUAACCACUAAUAAUAACUUUUUAACUCUUUUAUUAACUUAAAGGCCUACUGAAAUGAUUUUUAUUUAUUUAAAACGGGGAUAGCAGAUCCAUUCUAUGUGUCAUACUUGAUCAUUUCGCGAUAUUGUCAUAUUUUUGCAGAAAGGAUUUAGUAGAGAAAAUCGACGAUAAAGUUCGC